AUGCUGCGGUCCAACCUGGCUGAGGCUACAGGAAGUACGACUGGCCCGAGUGAGAGAGCGAGGGUGGGUUUUGUCGUUUAAUGGAGGAAUGUGAAGUCCUAUGAGCUCCUGUCUUGCCUGGUAGAUCACAGUCUACACACUAGCACACAGGCUGACUAGUCUUGUCUAAAGUAGUGCACUUCAUAGGGAAUAACCUUGGAAACUGUUCUCUGGCUCUGGUUUAAUAUGAGACACAGACAAACUCAAUGAGGAAAGUGAAAAGUUAUUGACCCUGAUCAGUGAAUGCCUUAUCAAACAUACAUACAUAUAUCACACACGCACACAUACACGUACGUAAUACAUACACACGUACACACACACAUACGUACGGACACACGCGUACAUAGUACACACACACGUACAAACAUACACACACAUUGUCAGAACACAUUUCUGGCACAAAGUAUCCCUAGAGUUUUCCAUCUGUCAUGUGAAACCACAAAACUGUCAAAGUCAGGACUUCCUCCUAUUCUACUCUCAAUGACACAUUGGUAGGGAGAGGGGGAUCCCACACUACAGGGCGCAUUUCCCCAAUCCUGUUCCACUUACGACUCACUGCCUGCCUGGGUCAUGAGAUCAAGUCAAAAUGUCCCUCUCACACUCCACCCCUUGGACAUAUACUGAGACAAAACACAUUACUGUUUUGAUAGGGCAUUCUAUGUUCAGUGUUAAUUAAGUUCAACUUUCCACGUCACCUCAGCAAUCAUUAAAACACAGUUUUGUGCGAAAACAUUUGUCACCUUGUAAUAUGAACCAUGAUCUUCCUGGUUAGUAAGAGUUCACACAAAGCCAUCCAGUGUUUUGGGGAACGGAAACGCCUAAUGUGAUUAGGUGCUGUGUGUGGAGACAACUUAACCAUGACUAAAUCUGCUCUCUUCCUGUUCAAAUUCACAGCCCGUCGCUCGCUGGAAAAUCCAACCACCCAUCGCGAGUGAGCCCCAUAAUCUUUACAUACGGCCAGCUUUCAGAAAGCCCAAACUGUCUUUUGAGUUGAAUCUAGGUAGCGCUUCUUUUUGAUUAUCUAUUUAUCUAACAGUCUGUCUCGUUCUCUUACUUUAGAAUAGAAUAGUAUGACUAAAACAUCAUUCACAAGGGAGAUAGAUUAUACGGAGUUGAAAUAGGCAAACUUUCCACGACUGUCCAUUAGUUUUUCUGCCCCACUGACGUUCACUACCAGACAGAUUCAAACCGGAAGCUCGUAGAAAUGUUGCGUAGGCUACUACUGACCAGACAAACUAGAAACUCUCUUGCUGCGGAUCCUAUUCUAUUCCUCUGUUACACUGAGUUUACAGUAAACCAUAUGAAUAAACAGCAACAAUACAUAUAGAUUUAGUGACAUUGUUUACAACGUUUUUUUUCUGAUAAAAAAAAAUGUAUGCACUCUAACUGUAAGUCGCUCUGGAUAAGAGCGUCUGCUAAAUGACUAAAAUUUUAAAAUUUAAAUGUGUGUUGAACUUUGGUAUAGAUUAGAAACAAAACAACCUGUCAUUCUGUAGCCUACUCAUACAAAAUAUAUAAUCUACAAUAAUAGAGAUCAGUUGACCUAAUUCAUCCACUCACAUUCAAAAUCCAUGUUGCCUUUUCACUAUCAAAGAAACAAUGAAAAACCAUAAUAACCUAACAAUAAACACAUUAACUUGUUUUCACAUUACCUGCGAUCUCGUUUGCCGUUCCUUCCUCUCCUUGAAAACGUUUAUGAUGAAAUUGGUAUGACCCCUUGUUUUUCCAUGCUGACUGACUGCCGUCUAGCUAGGCUACACAGCUCUGCUGGACUGAAAUAGGAUCCUGGCUUCUUUUUCUGAGCAGGAAGUUGGAGCAGGCAGACAGAGACCCGGCUGGCUUCCUCUUCCCUACGAUUCCCCAGGCGUUUUGCCAUCUAUGUAAACACGCUUUUCUCUCUCUCUCUCUCUCUCUCUCUCUCUCUCUCUCUCUCUCUCUCUCUCUCUCUCUCUCUCUCUCUCUCUCUCUCUCUCUCUCUCUCUCUCUCUCUCUCUGUCAAUUCAAUUCAAUUCAAUUUAAGGGCUCUCUCUCUCUCUCUCUAUCUCUCUCUAUCUCUCUCUCUACCGGCCGAUGGCAAACAUUGCUCUCAAUUAUAACACCAUGGUAAUAUCAUAACUCCAACUACUCUCCAGUUAAGCUGACAUCAAAUAAAAUAAAAUACAAUUGUAUUUGUCACAUGUUUCGUAAACAAAAGCUAUGUUUCCAUUAACUUGUUCAGUUAUUUUUCUGUGGACAUUUAGAAAGUUCGGAUAGAAAAUAGAUGUGAUGAUUGCUUGCUAGGGUGCGUUUCCAUUUAACUAUCUUGUGUCGAUAAAAACAGCUGUAAAAACCAACAGUGUCCAAUAAAAAUGUAGUGGUUGAAGUGUUUACAUUACCCAUUUAGGCAAAUUGUACAUGAAUAAAUUGGCCAGCCUGUAUGCUCUCCCACCUAUCUGUUUCAUGUCUCAGGUAUACAUAGCCGCAAGAUGUAUGGGGGCUGAGGGUGCUGCAACACCCCCUGAAAAAUCAGAAUAAAAAAUAAAUAUUAAUCAAAUGAAAACAUAAAAAUUCUUACAAAAGUAGUGCACUGGGCCUUUAAUAGUCCUGUAUUAGUGGAUGAUAUAGCAAAAAGACUUGUAAGCGGUGACAUCAUGUGCCCCAGCGUACCUUCAAAAUGAUUUGGGAAUCAUAAUUUAUUCGAAAAACAUCAUUUACAUCAUAAUCUGUCGCAAUAAAGAAAGUUCAACAAAAUAAAAAUCCACCCCUGUCGAACAGAUAAACAUGUUGUCCAUCUUUAGAAAGUGUGUCCUAUAUCUGCCGUUUCCAUUACACAUGUCGCUUUCAUCUUUUUUUGCGACAUUGCUUUUGUCUAAUAAACCCUGUUCAAUGGAAACCUGCCUAGUGAAAUGCUUACGGGCCCUUCCCAACAAUGCAGAGAAAUAAUAGAAAAAUAAUAACACAAGGAAUAAAUAAGUAACACAAUGAGUAAAGAUAACUAUAUAUAUAUAUAUAUAUAUUUUUUUUUUUUUGUCAUUUAGCAGACGCUCUUCUCCAGAGCAACUUAGGGUUUGUGAGUGCAUACAUUUUUCAUACUGGCCCCCCCUGGCCCCCCGUGGGAAACAAACCCACAACCCUGGCAUUGCAAGCGCCAUGCUCUACCAACUGAGCUACAGGGGUAUCAGUACUAAGUCGAUGUGCAGGGGUACGAGGUGAUUGAGAUAAUAUGUACAUAUAGGUAGGGAUAAAGUGACUAGGCAAAAACAGUAGCUGCAGCGUGUGUGAUGAGUCAAAAAACGGUCAAUGCAGAUAGUCCGGGUAGCUUAACUAAUUAACUAACCAUUUUAGCAAUCUUAUGGCUUGGGGGCAGAAGCUGUUCAGGUUCCUGUUGGUUACAGACUUGGUGCAUCGGUACUGCUUGCCAAGUCUAUGACUUGGGUGGCUGGGGUGUUUUUAGGGCCUUCCUCUGACACCGCCUGGUAUAGAGAUCCUGGAUGGCAGGGAGCUCGGCCCCAGUGAUGUACUGGGCCGUACACACUACCCUCUGACACCGCCUGGUAUAGAGAUCCUGGAUGGCAGGGAGCUCGGCCCCAGUGAUGUACUGGGCCGUACACACUACCCUCUGUAGCGGUACAUAGUCAUAGAACAUAGAGUAUAGAACAUACAGUAUAGAGCAUAGUCAUAGUCAUGGCUUAUUCUAAUGUACCCCUAGGAGGUCCGUUUUAUAGGGCUGUACUCUUGUUGCGCACCAAAGGCACAGGGUGUGGGUGUGAGAGAGCAAGAGAGAGAGAGAGAGAGAGAGAGAGAGAGUUAUUGAGCCAAAAUCGGAUAUGAUCUAGUGUAUAAUUAUUCUAGGUAACUCUUUACAUUACAUAGUCCUUCUUAUAACAGUUUAAUUACAUUUACGUUGAUAUCAAAAGGGACUCUCUAAAACACAUUACCCACUGCUCAAGGUUGUGUGUGUCAUGGUGUGUAAUUGUCAGUGGAGGUACAUUGAUUUUGGAACUGGCCUAGACCAGACUGGGUGCAUGAGGGCAAAUGUCUAUUCGACCUCUGUGCCAAACAUCGAUUUAAUACAUGAAAGCAAGCCCAUUGAACACUUUUAACAAGUUAUUUAUUUAGAUAUCAAACUACUGGUUAAUGGGGUUUGGAGUCAAAGACAUAACAAAUUGUGUAAAGAACUGGAAUAGUAAUGAGAUAAUCCUCAUCCAGCCAGGAGAUGUCAAUUUAAGAACAUGAUUUAAAAAUCAAUAGGUGUCAAUUAGGCACAAAAAAAGAGAGAAAAUGGCUGCAAUGCCUAAAAUUUCAAUUGGCCUGUUGUUAGAAUGAACAUGGUGGUUUUAUUAUUACACAUAGCCUUUAGCAUUGACAACACCAUCCCACUGGGCACACACUGGUUGAAUCAAUGUAGUUUCUAUGUCAUUUCAACAAAAUGACGUUGAACCAACGUGGAAUCGACUUGAAUUGACGUCUGUGCCCAGUGAGAUACACUACAUGACCAAAAGUAUGUGGACACCUGCUCGUCGCUCACAUCUCAUUCCAAAAUCAUGGGCAUUAAUAUGGAGUUGGUCCCCCCCUUUGCUGCUAUAACAGCCUCCACUCUUCUGGGAAGGCUUUCCACUAGAUGUUCUAACAUUGCUGCGGGGACUUGCUUCCAUUCAGCCGCAAGAGCACUAGUGAGGUCGGACACUGAUGUUGGGCGAUUAAGCCUGGCUCAAAGUCGGCGUUCCAAUUUAUCCCAAAGGUGUUCGAUGGGGUUGAGGUCAGGGCUCUGUGCAGGCCAGUCAAGUUCUUCCACACCGACAAACCAUUUCUGUAUGGACCUCGCUUGUGCACGGGGGCAUUGUCAUGCUGAAACAGGAAAGGGCCUUCCCAAACUGUUGCCAUAAAGUUGGAAGCACAGAAUCGUCUAGAAUGUCAUUGUAUGCUGAAUUCCUGCUGUAGCGUUAAUAUUUCCCUUCACUGGGGGCCUCCCGAGUGGCGCAGUGGUCUAAGGCACUGCAUAGUGCUAGAGGCCUGGGUUCGAUCCCAGGCUGUGUCGCAGCCGGCCAUGACUAGGAGACCCAUGAGGCGGCGCACAAUUGGCUCACUUAGCUUUUCAGUAAGGCCAUUCUAGUGCCAAUGUUUGUCUAUGGAGAGUGCAUGACUGUGUGUUCGAUAUUAUACACCUGUCAGCAACAGGUGUGGCUGAAAUAGCCGAAUCCACUAAUUUGAAGGGGUGUCCACAUACUUUUGUAUAUAUAGUGUAGGUCUAUGGACAGACAGUAGGGCCUAAAUGCACCAACGUUUUCCAUGAAUCCAGUAAAUUCCACUGCACCUUGGAACAAGCUAAACAAUGAGGUGUGGUCCCCGUGCGCACCCCUGAUUGGCUGUUGCCUUUUUGCCUCCUGAACCUGGUACCUUGGAUGGCGAACGACGCUCGAGAGUCAUUUUACUACAGUAGGCUAACCUAAUCCUAACUGACGCGCCAUGCCUCGCUAUACAGUUCACAUUCGGGACGAGUGGCUGGCUGUUCCCUGUCGGGACCCCACCUACACCAUCCAAUGGCUGGGCUACGAGGCGCUCAAACGCUACACCAAGAACAAGCCCGACAACGGGGGCAUCAAGGCGGUGAAAGACAUUCGGUUUGUCGCUAGGAGGUGCCAGGGACAGGGGCUGUUGGACGGCGAUGACACCAUAGAGGAUGUCCUCGAGGACAAUGACUUCGUCGAAAUUGGUAAUUCAUCUAUAUUCAAUUUAUUUUACUUUGUACCACUUAAAAGGUAGAUGAAUGGAAUAGAACAACUUGUUUUCUCACUUGGAAAACUUCAGGAAACAUGGCAUGGUCUACAAUAGAAUAGGAUGUGCACGCGCAAUAGAAAGCAUGUGUGUUUUUUUGGUAGAACGUCUAUUAAUAUGACGUGUAUUGAUUCAUAUCAUCUAUUUGUAGCCAUCGAAGGGGAUACCAUGUCUACAGACUUCGUUCCAUACCAGCCUGGAGUUUCACACCUGUAUCCUUAUUGUGUCACCUGCUCGCAUGUCAAUGUUGGAAUGGAAUGUAUUACCCAGAAAAGUAUUUUGAUUAUGAGUAUAAUUUGACUACAAAUGUGUGUCAUACAUUUUUUAUAAAUCUCAUAUUAGCUAGUCAUAAAUGGAAGAUAGGUGGUCAUUAUGCACAUGGCAAAAUAUGUCAUAGUAGCCUACUUAGGUUAUUGAUUGAGACUCCAUGCUGUAGUCAUUUGGGGGUUAACAUAGCAUAAUUUUGGUCCAUAUCCUUAACCAUUAUCAAACAGGACAGCUGCAUAUAGAGAAUCAGACAAUGUGAGUAUUACUGGCAUAUAACACUGCCUUACAUGUUAUUUUAUUCAUAUCAAAUCAGUUCAUAAGCAACACAUGCUUUCUUCUCUCCAGUACCUUUUCUUAGACGGCAACAGCCUGACUUCGACAGACCUGGUGAAUUUAGGAAGGGGUCUGUACAAGAUCAAGGUAAUUAUUUCUUUAAUAUUUUUUCCUGAUUAUAUAUUUUUUAAAAGUAUUAUUCAUUUUGGGGCAUUUCUUGGAAAAAUGUAGGCCAAAUAGUUGUCUGUAUUUGUCCUUUUGUAACUGUUUCAACAAAAAUGAAUAAACAGUUGAUCACCAAAAACAUAUUUUAAGGUGAUGAUCAACAAGCUUGUGGUCUAGGAUUCUAAGGAGUCUAACUUGAUUCUCUCACCUUUGUUCUUCAUGACGAGCUGAUCCUAUCGUUACCCAAUCCUUCUCCUCCUCCUGUCCUCUCCUUUCCUCCUGUACCUAACCUUUCAGCUGACCUCAGAGGCAGAGAACGGAGUUGUGAAAUCCAGAGAGCUUCUGGACACCAUCGUCAAGGAGAACAAAGGUGAGAGAAUCAAGUUAGAAUCCUUAGAAUCCUAGUUAGAAUCCAAGUUAGAAUCCUGAGAAUCCUAGUUAGAAUCCAAGUUAGAAUCCUUAGAAUCCUAGUUAGAAUCCAAGUUAGAAUCCUUAGAAUCCUAGUUAGAAUCCUUAGAAUCCAAGUUAGAAUCCAAGUUAGAAUCCUUAGAAUCCUAGUUAGAAUCCAAGUUAGAAUCCUUAGAAUCUAAGUUAGAAUCCAAGUUAGAAUCCUUAGAAUCCAAGUUAGAAUCCUUAGAAUCCUAGUUAGAAUCCAAGUUAGAAUCCUUAGAAUCCAAGUUAGAAUCCUAGUUAGAAUCCUUAGAAUCCAAGUUAGAAUCCAAGUUAGAAUCCAAGUUAGAAUCCAAGUUAGAAUCCAAGUUAGAAUCCAAGUUAGAAUCCUUAGAAUCCAAGUUAGAAUCCUUAGAAUCCAAGUUAGAAUCCUGCCAUGAUGAGUAUGGAAUGAUUAAUUUACCCAUAACAGAAGAAGGAUAAUGGAAGAGGAAACAUAUAACACUGAAUAACAGUAUAACACACAUAUGAUUAUAGAAUAGCAUAUAAUCUGAACCAUGCUGUUGACAAUCCACCCCUAUAUAAUGAGCCUUGCACUAAUUUUAACAUAAUAUUCAAUAGACUGUGAUGGUAAACACCUGAUUAAAACUUUCCUGGGUGUGAGAGUGCAACAAAUUGUUCACUGUCAUCAGAGAAUUGACCUACAUGCAACUGUCUUUCGCUCUCUCUAGUUGUCUAUGGAAUCACUACAGGAUUUGGUAAAUUUGCCCGGACUGUCAUUCCUGUCCACAAGCUCAAGUACAGUACUCUCUCUUUUUUCUCUGAAUAUUGUCUGAUAAGAUUGGUGCAUUGUUUGCUUACUAUGUGUCCAUGUGUUGUAUUCCCAUAGGGAGCUACAGGAAAAUCUGGUGCGAUCACACUCUGCAGGUUAGUGACCUAAUGUAUAACCGAGCUACAGGUACUAAUAUCUAACUGGCCCAUGUUUUCCAUUACGAAAGCAUGAAACCUAAAAAAAAACUUGAUUUCAAUUCAUGCAAAGUCUGUCUUUUUUUUCAUUCUUGUAUAUUCGCUAUGAAUAUAUCCAUUCUUAUAUAUUCGCUUUUAUAUUCACUGGUCUUGUUUUGGGGCCCAUACUAUACCAUGGAUCUCAAUGAUUUUAAACUUCCCCAUUACACUGGUGUUUAGGUGUGGGCAACCCACUGAGCCCAGAGAGGACCAGGAUGUUGUUGGCUCUGAGGAUCAAUGUCCUGGCUAAAGGAUACAGUGGAAUCUCCCUGGAAACCCUGCACAGAAUGAUUCAGGCCUUCAAUGGUAAACUCCUUAACCCUGGCUUUCACCUCAGCUUUACCUCAGGGAUAACCUACAUUCUAUUGAUUCCAUUGGUGCUAUUGGUUCUGUUGGAUCCUUUAGUUAUUUUGGUUCCAUUGGUUCAGUUGGUUCCAUUGAUUCCAUUAGUUAUUUUGGUUCCAUUUAGUUUAGUUUAGUUUAGUUUAGUGUAUUAGGAUCCCCGUUAGCUACUACACAUGCUGCAGCUACUCUUCCUGGGGUCCACAUAAAACGUACAAAUACAUGACAAAGUACAGAACAGUUAUAGACAAGAACAAUAUAAGAUAUAACAUUACAUUUAAAAUAAAAUAAUAAAAAUAAGAGUUAUCCUGUAGCUCAGUUGGUAGAGCAUGGCGCUUGCAACGCCAGGGUUGUGGGUUCGAUGUAUGCACUCACUAACUGUAAGUCGCUCUGGAUAAGAGCGUCUGCUAAAUGACUAAAAUGUAAAAUAUAGGAAAGACACCAAGAGACUACCAAAAUACUAUUUAAACACUAUUCAUAUAUACCUAUUCAUAUUCUUAUAUACAGUACAAUUAAAGUAGAUCUUUAGAAAGAGGAGAGGCGCUGUGAUACAAUAUGUUUUUAUCAGUUUUUUAAAGCUAAACUUGCUUUUUGCCUUUGUAACCUCUGGUGGCAGAGCAUUCCACGAUGACAUGGCUCUCUAUAGAUAACUGAGCGAUGCAUUAAAUCUGUUUUUGGGUACCGGGAAGAAACCCAUAGUGGCGUGUCUGGUGGUUAGGCAUUUUCAGCACACAAAUGUUUCUUUAAAAGACUAGAAGAGAAGUAGUCAAUUUCUCCUCAACCCUCAACCAUGAAAGACUAUCAUGCAUGUUGUUGAUGUUAGUUCUGUGUGUGCAGUUAAGGGCAAGGCGUGCUGCUUUGUUUUGAGCCAGCUGCAGCUUUGCUAGGUCUUUCUUGGCUGAAACUGACCAUAUUACCGGACAGUAAUCAAGAUGGGACAAGAUCAGAGCCUGAACAACAAGUACAGUUGAUCUUUGUGUCAAAAACGGCAGAACAUAUUUUUAUAACAGACAUACACUACAUGACCAAAAGUAUGUGGACACCUGCUCGUCGAACAUCUAAUUCCAAAAUCAUGGGCAUUAAUGUGGAGUUGGUCCCACCUUUGCUGCUAUAACAUCCUCCACUCUUCUGGGAAGGCUUUCCACUAGAUGUUGGAACAUUGCUGCGGGAACUUGCUUCCAUUCAGCCACAAGAGCAUUAGUGAGGUUGGCCACUGAUGUUGGGCGAGUAGGCCUGGCUCGCAGUCGGCGUUCCAAUUCAUCCCAAAGGUGUUCGAUGGAGUUCAGGGCCAGACAAGUUCUUCCACACCGAUCUCGGCAAACCAUUUCUAUAUGGCCCUCGCUUUGUGCACAGGGGCAUUAUCAUGCUGAAACAGGAAAGGGCCUUCCCCAAACUGUUGCCACAAAGUUGGAAGCACAGAAUCAUCUAGAAUGUCAUCAUAUGCCGUAACGUAAAUAUUUCCCUUCACUGGAACUAAGGGGCCUAGCCCGAACCAUGAAAAACAGCCCCAGACCAUUAUUCCUCCUCCACCAAACUUUACAGUUGGCACUAUGCAUUCGGGCAGGUAGCGUUCUCUUGGCAUCCACCAAACCCAGAUUCGUCCGUCGGACUGCCAGAUGGUGACGCGUGAUUUAUCACUCUAGAGAACACGUUUCCACUGCUCCAGAGUCCAAUGGUGGCGAGCUUUAAACCAAUCCAGCCGACGCUUGGCAUUGUGCAUGGUUAUCUUAGGCUUGUGUGCGGCUGCUCGGUCAUGGAAACCUAUUUCAUGAAGCUCCCGACGAACAGUUCUUGUGCUGACCUUGCUUCCAGAGGCAGUUUGGAACUCGGUAGUGAGUGUUCCAGCCGAGGACAGACACAUUUUACACGCUACGUGCUUCAGCACUCGGAGGUCCCGUUCUGUGAACUUGUGUGCCCUACCACUUUGCGGAUGUGUCGUUGUUGCUCCUAGACGUUUCCACUUCACAAUAACAGCACUUACAGUUGACCGGGGCACCUCUAGUAAGGCAGAAAUUUGACGAACUGACUUGUUGGAAAGGUGGCAUCCUAUGACGGUGCCACGUUGAAAGUCACUGAGCUCUUCAGUAAGGCCAUUCUACUGCCAAUGUUUGUCUAUGGAGAUUGCAUGACUGUGUGCUCAAUGUUAUACACCUGUCAGCAACGGGUGUGGCUGAAAUUGCCAAAUCCACUCAUUUGAAGGGGUGUCCACAUACUUUUGUAUAUAUAGUGUAGGUCUAUGGACAGACAGUAGGGCCUAAAUGCACCAACGUUUUCCAUGAAUCCAGUAAAUUCCACUGCACCUUGGAACAAGCUAAACAAUGAGGCGUGGUCCCCGUGCGCACCCCUAAUUGGCUUUUGUGUAUAUAGUGUACCUCUCCCCAUCUUCACAACAACUUUAUCAAUAUGACUUGACCAUGAUAACUGACCAUCCAAUGUGUUGGUUCUUUUGGUUCCGUUUGUUAUUUUGGUUCCAUUACUUCCAUUGAAUGGGCCACUUCAGAGAGGAAUCUUUGUAGAUUCUUUCAUUGAAAAAACAACAACAUCAACGUUAAACAAACAGAAACAGAGAGACGUUGAGUGGGGUCUAUCUAUCACAUCUCUGAUUGUCUUCUCCUCAUAGCGUCCUGCCUGUCCUUCGUCCCUGAGAAGGGAACAGUUGGUGCCAGCGGAGACCUGGCCCCCCUCUCCCACCUGGCUCUGGGGCUGAUGGGAGAAGGCAAGAUGUGGUCACCCAAGAGUGGAUGGGCCGACGCCAAAUACGUAAGCCAUAUCACUGCAUUUACUUCAUGUUCUAUUUCACCUUUAUGUAACCAGGCGAUUCAGAACAAAUUCUUAUUUAUAAUGACAGCGUGUAGCUGUAUAACUAACAAACUGAUAUCACUGUAACCUCUCAAUGGGUCUGGAUGAUUGGGACAUUGCACAAUAUCCCCAGUGACAAUGUUGACAUUGUGAUCAAAAAUGGUGGUAGACUGACUACUGAGAGGUCAGAUGAGAAUGUUUGUGUUUCUAUGACGCUUGACCUUUUACAUUUGUUUUCCCCCUCUUUUCCCCCUUUCAUCUCUCUGCCCAGGUACUGGAGGCUCAUGGACUCAAGCCAAUAUCACUGAAGCCCAAGGAGGUAAAGGGAAAUCACUCUGUUGUUGUUCUCUGUCACUCUAUGGAGGGUUGAUUUGAGUUCACACAGUGUAUCUGUGUACCAUUUACAACAAACCAACUUUAAUCAGGUUCUCUGAUUUUCCACAACAAAGGUUUUUUAACUCCAGUCCUUGAGAGAGGUUGUUCGAUGGGAUGAGACUCCUAUGUUUGGCUUGUCUCUGGGCUGUGUUGGAUCAACUCUUCUUCAGCUCAACUCUCUGGACCACAAUUGUUCGGCUGACCCUGGUUUCCAAGGGGAUGUAUGUGGGGAUUGGGUUAAAAGCCAUCUCUCUCCCCUGCCCAUAGGGCCUGGCGUUAAUCAAUGGGACCCAGAUGAUCACGUCUCUGGGGGCAGAGGCAGUGGAGAGAGCCCAGGCCAUCGCCAGGCAGGCGGACAUCAUCGCUGCUAUCACCCUGGAGGUGCUGAAGGGGACCUCCAAGGCCUUCGACAGCGGUGAGAAGGCCCGUUAAGACUGAUUUAGCUACGCUAUGCUAACUCAGUCCUCCAUCAUUCUAGAUAUCCACACCCUGUGGCCACAACAACUGACGUAAAACAUCGUGAUUGAGACUGAUUUAGCUACGCUAUGCUAACUCAGUCCUCCAUCAUUCUAGAUAUCCACGCCCUGCGGCCCCAUCCAGGACAGAUAGAAGUGGCCAUGAGGUUCCGCGCCCUACUGGACUCAGACCACCACCCCUCGGAGAUCGCAGGUGAGUGAAUGGAUCAGGUUGCUGUACUAUGGCUGACCCUCUGCUCCAACCUCUCUAAUCUGUGUGUGUGUGUGUGUGUGUGUGUGUGUGUGUGUGUGUGUGUGUGUGUCCAUUCGUGCGUGCGUGUCUUUUGGAGGAGUUGGGAUAUAGUAAUCAUUGGACAAUAAAGUCAUCUUGUUGUUCUUCUUCCUCUACAGAGAGCCAUCGGUUCUGUGACAGAGUCCAGGAUGCCUACACCAUGCGCUGCUGUCCUCAGGUGACUUAACAUAGGGGUCAGAGGUCAACAGAGUUUUAUAUUUAGUUCACAGAGAAUCCCCUCCAGGUCAGGACUAAACUCAGCCUGGCCUUUUCUCUUCGUCCACAGGUCCACGGUAUUGUGAACGACACAAUAGAUUUUACCCAGAAAAUCAUCAACACAGAGAUCAACAGCGCCACCGACAACCCUGUAUCCUUCACUGUGUGUGGUGUGUGUAUUCCUCUAACCAAAUUUGACAAUUUCUACCUUCAUUGCCAGUUUUAUCCUUAAUGUCUGAAUCAGAUGGUGUUUGCAGAGAGAGGAGAGACCAUCUCAGGAGGAAACUUCCAUGGAGAAUACCCAGCAAAGGUAUCAAAGGCUUCUGGUGGACUGAGUAUUCUGAGUUUUCCUGAGAUUUAGAACUAAGUGAGAUGAUAAAAUAUACAGUAUAAACCCAAGGAUCAUCAACUAGAUUGGAUGGUUGGAGGGGCCGGAACAUAAUUACAAAUCAUUUGUAGACUGCAAAUUGACCAGCACACUGUUAAAGCUGUCAAUGCACACUGUUAAAGCUCCCAACUCACCGCUUUAUUGACAACGUUUUGAUCUGAAACGGAUCUUCGUCAGGUCAAACAAACAAACUGAGUGCUCACAUCCUAAAAUAUACACAUUUCACCUCACAUGACUAUUACGUACAUGACGCAUGGUGGGUGUGGAAACCAUUCAAUUCACUUUUGUGCACAAUCAAUCAUAAUUAAUCACAGAGGUACAUAUGGUCAUUAAGGAUUAUAUACAUAGUUUCAAGUUAAAAAAGAUUACGUUGGAAACUGUUGGAAUACCCGCCCAAAUGACCAUUACUCGCAGGAGGCGCGGUGGCCGUAGAUAUAAUUCCAGUGAACCAUUUCAAAAACAAUUUGUGUAUCUCUAAUAAUUUUAUAUCAAUGAGAUGGGCACAUGUAGUAGUUAUAUAAUCUAAUAUACAGUACAUGUACAAAAUGACCAAGUGGAGACCUGGAUGGCAGGACAAAUCAACGUGACAUCAAAUCAAAUCAAAUGUUAUUGGUCACAUGCGCCGAAUACAACAGGUGCAGACAUUACAGUGAAAUGCUUACUUACAGCCCUUAACCAACAGUGCAUUUAUUUUAACAGUGUAGAGAAAAAAAGAGCAGAAGUAAGAUAAAAUAACAGUAGGGAGGCUAUAUAUACAGGGGGGUACCGGUGCAGAGUCAAUGUGCGGGGGCACCGGCUAGUUGAGAUAGUUGAAGUAAUAUGUACAUGUGGGUAUAGUUAAAGUGACUAUGCAUAAAUAAUUAACAGAGUAGCAGCAGCGUAAAAAGGAUGGGGUGGGGGGGCAGUGCAAAUAGUCCGGGUAGCCAUGAUUAGCUGUUCAGGAGUCUUAUGGCUUGGGGGUAAAAGCUGUUGAGAAGUCUUUUGGACCUAGACUUGGCACUCCGGUACCGCUUGCCGUGCGGUAGCAGGGAGAACAGUCUAUGACUAGGGUGGCUGGAGUCUUUGACAAUUUUGAGGGCCUUCCUCUGACACCGCCUGGUAUAGAGGUCCUGGAUGGCAGGAAGCUUGGCCCCAGUGAUGUACUGGGCCGUACGCACUACCCUCUGUAGUGACUUGCGGUCGGAGGCCAAGGAGUUGCCAUACCAGGCGGUGAUGCAACCAGUCAGGAUGCUCUCGAUGGUGCAGCUGUAGAAUUUUUUGAGGAUCUGAGGACCCAUGCCAAAUCUUUUCAGUCUCCUGAGGGGGAAUAGGCUUUGUCGUGCCCUCUUCACGACUGUCUUGGUGUGUUUGGACCAUGAUAGUUUGUUGGUGAUGUGGACACCAAGGAACUUGAAGCUCUCAACCUGUUCCACAUAUUCAUAUAAGAAAUGGUCUGAUAUCAAACUCUUGAUUCAGACCUUUAGGAGACAUGGUGCACAAACGGUGAAUCCAAUACAAUUCUCUUCUCAAUAAUAGAUGAUCAGUAUCUCCCCCCCUCCUAGGAGUCUUAACAUGUUCGAUACCAAUGGGAUAGAAUAAAGUAAUCCUUCUACCCCCCUUACCCCCCCCGCCCCCCCCCCCCCCCCCCCCCCCCCCCCAAAAAAAAAGGUGAGUGCACCAAUUUGUAAGUCGCUCUGGAUAAGAGCGUCUGCUAAAUGAUGUAAAUGUAAAAUGUAAAUGUAAUGAAUCUCAGAGAGCUAAUGUUGUGACGAGCCUCUACUUGGGAACAGAUUUCUUAAGUUAUACUGAACUUAUAAAUGAAAAUAUAAAUGCAAUAUGCAACAAUUUAAAUGAUUUUACUGAGUUACAGUUCAUAUAAGGAAUUUUACUGAGUUAUCAUAUUAUAUAAGGAAAUCAGUCAAUUGAAAUGAAUUCAUUAGGCCCUAAUCUAUGGAUUUCACAUGACUGGGCAGGGGCGCAGCCAUGGGUCGGCCUGGGAGGGCAUAGGCCCACCCACUUGGGAGCCAGGCCCACCCACUGGGGAGCCAGGCCCAGCCAAUCAGAAUGAGUUUUUCCACAAAAGGGUUUUAUUAGAGACAGAAAUACUCCUCAGUUUCAUCAGCUGUCCGGGUGGCUGGUCUCAGACGAUCCCGCAGCUGAAGAAGCCGGAUGUGGAGGUCCUGGGUUGAUGUGGUCCUGGGCCGGCGUGGAUACACGUGGUCUGCAGUUGUGAGGCCGGUUGGAUGUACUGUGAAAUUCUCUAAAACGACAUUGGAGGCGGCUUAUGGUAAGGAAAUGAACAUUCAAUUAUCUGGCAACGGCUCUGGUGGACAUUCCUGCAGUCAGCAUCCCAAUUGCACGCUCCCUCAGAACUUGACAAAUCUGUGGCAUUGUGUUGUGUGAAAAAACUGCACAUUUUAGAGUGGCCUUUUAUUGUCCCCAGCACAAGGUGCACCUGUGUGAUGAUCAUGCUGUUUAAUCAGCUUCUUGAUAUGCCACACCUGUCAGGUGGAUGAUUAUCUUGGCAAAGGAGAAACGCUCAAUAACAUUAAAAGUGAAAUAUUCAUGUAAGAAAUGGUCUGAUAUCAAACUCUUGGUUCAGAGCUUUAGGAGACAGAGUGCAAUUUCUAUGCUUCCCGUUCUUAAGUUUCGUUUUUUUGCGUCUUUUACUUUCAGUUUUGUACACCAGCUUCAAACAGCUAAAAAUACAAUAUUUUGGGUUAUGGAAAAUAUAUUUCACAGCGGUUUAGAUGGUACAGUGAUGAUGAUGGUACAAUGAUUCUCUACUUGCUUGUUUUGUCACAUAACUGAAAUUGGGCGAACUAUUAGAAUUUUAGCAACCAGGAAGUGGUGGAGUGAUUUCUGCAUAGUGCAUCUUUGAGAUAGAUUUAUUUGUGUCUCAGAAGAUAGCCCUUUUUGGUAAAGGACCAAUUCCAUAUUAUGGCAAGAACAGCUCAAAUAAGCAAAGAGAAAUGACAGUCCAUCAUUACUUUAAGACAUGAAGGUCAGUCAAUACGGAAAAUGUCAAGAACUUUAAAUGUUUCUUAAAAUGCAAUCGCAAAAACCAUCAACCGCUAUGAUGAAACUGGCUCUCAUGAGGAGCGCCACAGGAAAGGAAGACCCAGAGUUACCUCUGCUGCAGAGGAUAAGUUCAUUAGAGUUACCAGCCUCAGAUUGCAGCCCAAAUAAAUGCUUCACAGAGUUCAAGUAACAGACACAUCUCAACAUCAACUGUUCAGAGGAGACUGUGUGAAUCAGGCCUUCAUGGUCGAAUUGCUGCAAAGAAACCACUACUAAAGGACACCAAUAAGAAGAAGAGACUUGCUUGGGCCAAGAAACAUUAGCAAUGGACAUUAGACUGGUGGAAACCUGUCCUUUGGUCUGAUGAGUCCAAAUUUGAGAUUUUUGGUUCCAACCGCCGUGUUUAUGUGAGACGCAGAGUAGGUGAACAGAUGAUCUCCGGAUGUGUGCUUCCCACCGUGAAGCAUGGAGGAGGAGAUGUGAUGGUGUGGGGGUGCUUUGUUGGUGACACUGUCAGUGAUUUAUUUAGAAUUCAAGGCACACUUAACCAGCAUGGCUACCACAGCAUUCUGCAGCGAUACGCCAUCCCAAUCUGGUUUGCGCUUAGUGGGACUAUAAUUUGUUUUUCAACAGGACAAUGACCCAACACACCUCCAGGCUGUGUAAGGGCUAUUUGACCAAGAAGGAGAGUGAUGGAGUGCUGCAUCAGAUGAGCUGGCCUCCACAAUCACCCGAUCUCAACCCAAUUGAGAUGGUUUGGGAUGAAUUGGACUGCAGAGUGUAGGAAAAGCAGCCAACAAGUGCUCAGCAUAUGUGGGAACUCCUUCAAGAAAGUUGGAAAAGCAUUCCUCAUGAAGCUGGUUGAGAGAAUGCCAAGAGUGUGCAAAGCUGUCAUCAAGGCAAAGGGUGGCUACUUUGAAGAAUCUCAAAUAUAAAAUAUAUUUUGAUUUGUUUAACACUUUUUUGGUUACUAUGUGUUAUUUAAUAGUUUUGAUGUCUUCACCAUUAUUCUAAAGUUACAGUGUAGAAAAUAGUAAAAAUAAAGAAAAACCCUUGAAUGAGUUGGUGUGUCCAAACUUUUGACUGGUACUGUAUAUGUACAUGCCACUCUAACAUCGCAUGUCCAUAUAUGUACAUAUUCUUAAUUCCUUUGUAUUGGGUAUAUGUUGUGAAAUUGUUAGAUAUUACUGCACUGUCGGAGCUAGAAACACAAGCAUUUCGCUACACCCGCAAUAACAUCUGCUAAACACGUGUAUGUGACCAAUACAAUUUGAUUUGAUUUGAUUUGUAUAUAAACCCAUUUAUAAUCCGGACUCUGACAUUGCUUAUUCUAAUAUUUCUUAAUUAUUUUUUUUAUUUUUUUAACUUUUUGGAUUAUGUGUGUAUUAUUUUGUAUUGCUAAGUAUUACCGCACUGUUGGAGCUGGAAACAUAAACAUUUCGCUCCAGCUGCGAUAACAUCUGCUAACCUGUGUACGCGACCAAUAAUCUUUGAUUUGAUUUGCUUUGAUAUAACUCAUAUUCCUCCAUUGUUCUCUCUCUCUCUUUAUGUCUCUAGGCCCUGGACUUCUUGGCUAUAGGUGUCCAUGAGCUGGCAGCCAUCAGUGAGAGGAGGAUUGAGCGUCUGUGUAACCCGUCUCUCAGUGAGCUGCCAGCCUUCCUAGUCAACGAGGGAGGGCUCAACUCUGGAUUCAUGAUCGCACACUGUACAGCCGCUUCCCUGGGUUAGUAAAGGAUCAGCUCUUACUAACGUAUGUAAUUACGUCUUUGGGUGCCCAGGAGUAAACCGACUGUGUGAUAAAGAAGGCUAGCAGUGAGAAAUAAAGUAUUACUUAGAUUGAAACACACCCACUCACAAUGCGUGUGUUUCAGCCAUCAAGCCUUUGUCUACAAAAGCUACAAAGGCUUGAUGGCUGAAACGUGUCCUGAAACGUUACUCCUAAAUUCAUAAAACCAAUCGUUAUAUCCUGUUUCACUUGUGUAGUUUCAGAGAACAAGGUGCUGUGCCACCCGUCUUCAGUGGACUCCCUGUCCACCAGCGCAGCCACCGAGGACCACGUGUCCAUGGGAGGCUGGGCAGCCAGGAAAGCCCUGAGGGUCGUGGAACACGUGGAACAAGGUGGGAAACUAACCGUUGAUUUGGACUUGAUACAAUAGAUAUUCAUGUUUUGAUGAUUUGUUACUGUUGAAAGGAAGCAAUAUUUUGAUACUAGAUAUUAAUUAGUUACCUAUCAGAUUUUUUAUGUGAAAUUCACAUAGAAAUAUUUGUUUGGCUGGGUUCAUACACAAAGUGGCAAUAACAUGAAAAUAAUUUAAUUGGUUCUAGCCUGGGCUGGGGCAUGUCUGCGCAAGCUUGCAAUUCAUUGGUGAAUGGUUUUUCUGCCCCGAGCUGUGUACUAAAUUGAUCCCUAAUUCCAAACCUCAAAGUUAUCUGCUUUUGAGCAUUUCAUGGAAAUAGUGAGCAGCAAACAAACGGAAGUAAAUGAUGUAAACUGAUGUAUACUGAUCUAUACUGAUGUAAACUGAUGUAAACUGAUGUAUACUGAUGUAAACUGAUGUACUGUAGAAGGGUUGUUCAUCUUAGUCUGAAUUGGGAAACAUUUACCCAGUUACUGUGAAAAUGUCCUACUUCUACUGACAGUGUGUAUUCUGGGUAAUAUGUAACUUCACGGUGAUGCAGACAACUGCAGUAGUGGAGUUCAUGCAAACACAGAAAAACAAGAAGUCAGCGAUAUUUAAAAGACCCCCCCCCCCCCCCCCCCCCCCCGAGGAAGUUGCCGCCACCAUUUCUACUUAAUUUCUUGUCCUAGGGAUGAAAUGCACGUUGACUUAAAUCAUUGUGCAACAUCAUGGGUAAACUCUGGCCAUCGUCUUUCAGCUCAAAAAAGUGGAUUUCUACCGGUGUGGGCGUUUAAAGACUAGCCCACAUUUAGAGAGCUCAACCAGCGUUAAAGGUCCAAUGCAGCUGUCUUUUUAAAUCUCAAAAUCAGAUCAUUUCUGGGGAACAAUGAAGUACCUUACUGUGAUUGCUUUCAAUUAAAAUUGACAUAAAUAAACAAAAAUAGCUUCUUAGCAAAGAGCAAUUUCUCAUGCAAGACUGUUGCUAGGAUUGUCUAGGAGUGGUCUGAGUGGGGAGGGGGAAACUGAAAACGAUCUACAGUAUUAUUGGCAGAGAGGUUUGAAACUGUCUUUCUUAUUGGUCUAUUAACUAGUUCAACAACUGGUGAUGUCACCAGGCAGGUCAACACUCCAUCUCACCAAAACAGGCUGAAAUUUCAGGUGGUCUUUUCAAACAGCUCUUACACUAAAGGGCAUUAUCAUCAUUUUCACAAUUUCACAGUUUUAUUCCAACCUCAUACUGUGGAAAUAUAUAUAAAACACAGGAAAAUCAAGUUUUCAACUCCACUGGGCCUUUAACAUACUUUUUACCUCUAUGUCAAAAAGGAACUUUUGGCUUUUUCGGUCUCUAAUUUGGUAUAUUUCUAUGCAUUGAACAUUACUAAGAAUGUUUAUUUAUUUAUUACAUUUGAUCCUAUAUCAUAACUUGUAUAAUACUCUUGUUGAAGAUACUCAUCCAAUCAGGAAGAAAAUGUCAUUAUGUGAAUGACGUGUUAUUCUGAGGGUCCACAAUUGGUCUAUAACCUGUCCCAUUUCCUCUCCCCCUCUUCAGUCCUAGCAAUUGAGCUGCUAGCUGCCUGCCAGGGCAUUGAGUUCCUCCGCCCCCUGCGUACCACAACACCAUUGGAGAAGGUCUAUGACCUUGUACGCAGCGUAGUCAAGUAAGUCAAACAGAUCUGGCCAGUGUGUGCACACUGUAACACACACAACACACAUCUCAGUCCCCUGAAAUGAUUGAGAAAGUUGGUUAAUAUUUAUCCAGUGACCCUCUUCUUUCUGUGCCUGCUCUUCUCCUCAUUCUGUAACUCCCCCCCGAUUCGCUCCCCUUCUCUGCCUCCCCCUCUUCUCCUCACCCUCUCUUCCCCCCCUUCUCCUCACCCUCUCUGCCUACCCCUCUUCUCCUCACCCUCUCUGCCUCCCCCUCUUCUCCUCCCCCUCCUCUUCCUCCCCCUCUUCUCCUCACCCUCUCUGCCUACCCCUCUUCUCCUCACCCUCUCUGCCUCCCUCUUCUCCUCCCCCUCUUCUCCUCCUCUGCCCCCUCUUCUCCUCCCCCUCUCUGCCUCCCCCCUCUUCUCCUCCCCCUCUCUGCCUCCCCCUCUUUCUCCUCACCCUCUCUGCCUCCCCCUCUUCUCUCACCCUCUCUGCCUCCCCUCUUCUCCUCACCCUCUCUGCCCUCCCCCUCUUCUCCUCACCCUCUCUGCCUCCCCCUCUUCUGCCUCACCCCUCUCUGCCUCCCCUCUUCUCCUCACCUCUCUGCCUACCCCCUCUUCUCCUCACCCUCUCUGCCUCCCCUUCUUCUCCUCACCUCUCUGCUGCCUCCCCUCUUCUCCUCACCCUCUCUGCCUCCCCCUCUUCUCUCACCCUCUCUGCCUCCCCCUCUUCUCCUCACCCUCUUCUGCCUCCCCCUCUUCUUCUCACCCUCUCUGCCUCCCCCUCCUUCUUCUCACCUCUCUGCAUCCCCUCUCUUCUGCACCUCUCUGCCCCCUCUUCUCUCUCCUCACCCUCUCUGCCUCCUCCCCCUCUUCUCCUCACCCUCUCUGCCUCCCCCCUCUUCUCCUCACCCUCUCUGCCUCCCCCUCUUCUCCUCUCCCACCCUCGCUGCUCCCCUCUUCUCCUCACCCUCUCUUCCUCCCCCUCUUCUCCUCACCCUCUCUGCCUACCCCCUUCUCCUCACCCUCUCUGCCUCCCCCCUCUUCUCCUCAACCCUCUCUGCCUCCCCUUCUUUCUCCCUCUCUCCUCACCCUCUCUUCUCCUCACCCACCUACUUUCUCUCCUCACCCUCUCUCCUCCCCCUCUUCUUCUCACCCCUCUCUGCCUACCCCUCUUCUCCUCCACCCUCUCUGCCUCCCCUUCUUCUCCUCACCCUCUCUGCCUCCCCUCUUCUCCUCACCCUCUCUGCCUACCCUCUUCUUCUCACCCUCUCUGCCUCCCCUUCUUCUCCUCACCCUCUCUGCCUCCCCUUCUUCUCCUCACCCUCUCUGCCUACCCUCUUCUUCUCACCACCUUUCUGCCUCCCCUCUCUCUCUCUCACCCUCUCUCUGCCUCCCCUUCUUCUCCUCACCCUCUCUGCCUCCCCCUCUUCUCCUCACCCUCUCUGCCUCCCCCUCUUCUCCUCCCCCUCUUUUCCUCCCCUUCUUCCCCCCUCCUCCACCCUCUCUGCCUCCCCCUCUUCUCCUCACCCUCUCUGCCUCCCCCUCUUCUCCUCACCCUCUCUGCCUACCCCUCUUCUCCUCCCCCUCUCUGCCUCCCCCUCUUCUCCUCACCCUCUCUGCCUCUCCUCUUCUCAGGCCCUGGAUCAAGGAUAGGUUCAUGUCUCCAGACAUUGAGGCGGUCCAUCGUCUUCUUCUAGACCAGAAGGUAAGUGUGAGGUCAUACUAGAUAUCGCUCUGAGCCUAUAUUCAUUAAAUAAAUUAAAAAUUGUGAUUUAGCACACGCUUAUAUCCAGUUUGUGUAUUUUAUGUGAUUAUUCAGGUGUGGAACGUGGCUCAGCCAUACAUUGAGAAGUAUAACAUGGAGCUUCUUCCUGAGUCCCGCCCCACCUCUCCUACUGCCUUCUCAUUGGAUCCCCCAGCAUCACCACGGAAACGCAUCCGCCUCGAGUGA